AUGAAUCCUCGCGAGCAGCCUGAUAUGCCUCCGGCGCCCUCUUACCCAUCUCCAAAUGGCGCGCAGAUGGCUCAGGGCGCGAUGCCGUACUACAGCAACCGCCAACUGACAACCGACGAACUGCUGUCCGCUGAGCUGUCGCGUGAAGCUUCUGGGCCUGGAUUAGGUGACGGUUCAAGCAAUGGCGUGCAUCAUGGCCAAGGAAUGGUGUUGGGCUCGUCGAACGCCGGCGACAUCGGUCGCCACUCCUCUGAGGACCAACACCAACACCAGCAUAUGCUCCAGUUCCCUCCGAGCCAGCAGGUGGGCGUCGACCCAAAUCACGAUCUGAGUUACGGUGAACAAAGUGCACGCAAGCGAUCGAAAAUCUCUAGAGCCUGCGACGAGUGUCGGCGGAAAAAGGUACGAUGUGACGCAAGCUCGGAAACUGGUCUUGAGACAUGCUCCAAUUGUCGCCGCCUGGGAGUCGUCUGCCAGUUCAGUCGCGUGCCCAUGAAACGUGGACCUAGCAAAGGCUAUAUCAAGGAGCUCGCCGAACGACUUCAUACCCUUGAGAGCCAGAUGCAGCCUGGAAUCGUCCAGCCCGACGUGCCAUACCAGUCCAUGAACGAGGUCAACUUGUCUCGUGGCUAUCAAGACUUCACAUCGCCGGUGGACCCUGGCUCAGCAAGUCGCAAGAGAACAUACUCAGUGUUUGAAGGUCUACCGAGCUCCUCUUUCGCUCAGCCACCGUUUAAUGGCCGCGGCACGAAUGCCUUCGACGCCCCCGAUGCAACCGCAGACCCAUACAACCCCACUGUUGCGAGCGGCAGUGCGCCGAAGCCUGGCAAUCUCUUCUGGAACCCGACCGGGAAUGAGCAGGAUCUCCCCGGUGGUCUUGAGAUGGCAGAUCUGCCCAAGCAUGAAGGCGAUGAUGACAUGUCUCCUGUCAAUCUUGAUGAAGGGGCGCUGGAAGCUUACUACCAGAAGGUCCACACCCUGUUGCCGGUCCUUCCACAUACGCGAGAUCGGACACUGGAGCUUCUUCACCAGUGCAACCGUGAAACCCAGGAAAUAUUCUGUUACGCACUGUAUUCGGUCACUCGGACGGACUUGUCUCGCGUCGUAGGCAACUUUGAGAAAGUUACGUCGUUUGACAAUGCUCAGGACCUUCUCCUAUAUCAUACUCGCCAGCCCUUGAUUGUCCAAUCGACAGCAGUGAACUUAAUUUGGUUACAGACCCUGCUUCUGAUGAUCAUCGAUUGUGAUACUCGUGGACCGGACAAUUUCGUCCUCAAAGAUGGCAUUCCCAAGCACACUCUGGUUCAGGCAGCCAGCAAACUUGGCUACGACUUGGCCAAGAGCCAAGGCCAGCUAAGAAACAAGCGGUCCUCUGACCUAGAUGUCGACUCGGAUGCCAAUCUCACUCGUCGCAACUGGGUGGCUUUGAUUAUCCUGACUCGGUGGUACGCUAUUAGUGUGGCCGAUGCUACUGUCAUCGGAGGACAGGAGAUUGGUGGCCGUGAAGAUGAACGGAUCGUUGGACCGAUUACCACAGGCAUUGCAUCUUUCUCGACAUUCCUCUCGGAGAUGGUUACUCUGGCCACUGUUGAGCACAACGUCUGUCAGACUAAUACUGGUCUCGGGCGGAUGGUGGGCGCCAACCUGGUUGCUUCUCUUGAGCGCUUGGGCGAAAUGGAAGACGUGUUUAAGGUACAGGAGCUGCCAGAGAACACCGUUACUCGGCCUCUCUUUGAGAGCCUUCAAUCCCAACUCUACUGGACAGUCCGCCUCUUAAUCAAGCGCCAUGUCUUCGUCUACAGCCCAUACGAGAUCAUAUACUGUGCCCAAGAAGUCAUCAACGAGCUCCACAAAGCGACUGUGCAAAGCCGUCUGCCUACCCCAUUCGACCUGCACAGUCUUGCGCUUGCUUCAAUGACUCUUCUGGAGGCUAGCGUUCUUCCCGAGCACAGCAGCGAGUGCUGGGACUCGCUACAGAAAGUCGAGGAGAUACUCGACCUCCGGUCAAAGCGGUCUGCUAUGGCCGGCGAGUUUGAUAACAUCUUCGGCACGCCCGGCUGGGACGCGAAGAUCCGCGUCUUUCUCGAAUGGCGCCGCGCAAAGUCGCAGGAGAGCCAACUGCAGGAGGCUGCCAUCGGCGCUGUUCGGAGCGACAAUAUUACUGGAUCCGGAUCUCAGCCUCCAGUUAUGGGCCCCAACGAGCAGCGCUCGCUCCAGCACCUGGCUGACCUGGCCGUUGGUGCGGAGGGCUCAGUAGGCCAGAAUGCGUCCACACCUCCGCCGGGUCUGUCUGCCGAGCACGGUGAGACUUCGCCGAACUUGGCGCCGCAGUUGGCCCAGGCUCACGGCGGGAACGGUCGUGUUGUGGUGGAUUUCACAAUGCUCACCAAGGAGGGCUAUUUGAAUGUCUUCUCUGGGCUAAUCUACCGUCGCACUCGCUGA